AUGCGCAGCUGGGCGGUGACGGGAUGACGCUUGGAGCGUGGGCCGCGACUCUCACGGAUCCGGUUCCGCCCUCUUUCUAGCUGCCGAUCCUUCGGGGCUAGAGCCCGAGAUCCUUUUCCCAGAGUGCUGUGCGCCGUGAAGAAGCGGCUCCCGGGGACUGGGGGCAUUUUGUGUUGGCUGGAGCUGGAGUAACAAGAUGGCGGCGUCGGCGGAGUGACAGGGGUCCCUCCGGGCCGGAGCCGGCGGCAGUGGUGGCAGCGAUAUCGCCGCCGUAGUUCACCGCGCCUUUUUUCCAGCCCGCAACGUCGCUGCGAAGGCGAGGAAGCGGCAGCCGUCCGGAAACAAGUGGCCCAGCCUAGUAACCGCGAGAACACCUCACAAACUACGGCCUGGCAAAAAGAAUCCCUACUGAGCGGUUGUGAUCACGUUCUCCUUGACUGAUUCUGGGCCCUAUAGCGCCGAGGAAGCCUCCGUGCUCCGUUUCCUGCCGCCCUUCUCCGCGGCCUUGCCCGGGGGACGAGCCCCAGAGGCCUCCGUCGUUCUCUCAGAGGUGUCGGGGCUUGGCCCCAGCCUCCAUUUUCGUCUCUCAGAAUGGCGAGCAGCAGCGGCUCCAAGGCCGAAUUCAUUGUCGGAGGGAAAUAUAAACUGGUACGGAAGAUCGGGUCUGGCUCCUUCGGGGACAUUUACCUGGCGAUCAACAUCACCAACGGCGAGGAAGUGGCAGUGAAGCUAGAAUCUCAGAAGGCCAGGCAUCCCCAGUUGCUGUACGAGAGCAAACUCUAUAAGAUUCUUCAAGGUGGGGUUGGCAUCCCCCACAUACGGUGGUAUGGUCAGGAAAAAGACUAUAAUGUACUAGUCAUGGAUCUUCUGGGACCCAGCCUUGAAGACCUCUUCAAUUUCUGUUCAAGAAGAUUCACAAUGAAAACUGUACUUAUGUUAGCUGACCAGAUGAUCAGUAGAAUUGAAUAUGUGCAUACAAAGAAUUUUAUACACAGAGACAUUAAACCAGAUAACUUCCUAAUGGGUAUUGGGCGUCACUGUAAUAAGUGUUUAGAAUCUCCAGUGGGGAAGAGGAAAAGAAGCAUGACUGUUAGUACUUCUCAGGACCCAUCUUUCUCAGGAUUAAACCAGUUAUUCCUUAUUGAUUUUGGUUUGGCCAAAAAGUACAGAGACAACAGGACAAGACAGCACAUACCAUACAGAGAAGAUAAAAACCUCACUGGCACUGCUCGAUAUGCUAGCAUCAAUGCACAUCUUGGUAUUGAGCAGAGUCGCCGAGAUGACAUGGAAUCAUUAGGAUAUGUUUUGAUGUAUUUUAAUAGAACCAGCCUGCCAUGGCAAGGACUAAAGGCUGCAACAAAGAAGCAAAAAUAUGAAAAGAUUAGUGAAAAGAAGAUGUCUACUCCUGUUGAAGUUUUAUGUAAGGGGUUUCCUGCAGAAUUUGCCAUGUACUUAAACUAUUGUCGUGGGCUGCGCUUUGAAGAAGCCCCAGAUUACAUGUAUCUGAGGCAGCUAUUCCGCAUUCUUUUCAGGACCCUGAACCACCAAUAUGACUACACAUUUGAUUGGACAAUGUUAAAGCAGAAAGCAGCACAGCAGGCAGCCUCUUCCAGUGGGCAAGGUCAGCAGGCCCAAACCCCCACAGGCAAGCAAACUGACAAAACCAAGAGUAACAUGAAAGGUUUCUAAGCAUGAAUUGAGGAACAGAAGAAGCAGAGCAGAUGAUUGGAGCAGCAUUUGUUUCUCCCCAAAUCUAGAAAUUUUAGUUCAUAUGUACACUAGCCAGUGGUUGUGGACAACCAUUUACUCUUGGUGUAAAGAACUUAAUUUCAGUAUAAACUGACUCUGGGCAGCCUUGGUGAUGCUGUAUCCUGAGUUGUAGCCACUGUAAUUGUGAAUAUUAACUGAGAUAGUGAAACAUGGUGUCCGGUUUUCUAUUGCAUUUUUUCAAGUGGAAAAGUUAACUGAAUGGUUGACACACACAAAUUGGUGGAGAAAUUGUGCAUAUGCCAAUUUUUUUGUUAAAACUUUUUAUUUUGAACUAUACUGCUUUGAGAUCUCAUUUCAGAAGAACGGCAUGAACAGUCUUCAGCCACAGUUGUGAUGGUUGUAAAUGCUCACAAUUGUGCAUAUUCUUAGGGUUUUUCCAUCCCUGGGGUUUGCAAGUUGUUCACUUAAAACAUUCUUAAAGUGGUUGGCUUCUUGUUUGCAAGCCAGCCGAUGUGGUAGCAACCAAAGAUUCCAGUGUUUGAGCAUAUGAAAGACUCUGCCUGCUUACCUGUGCUAGAAAUAACAGCAUUUAAAGUGAAGACUUAAGAAAAACUUAGUGACUACUAGAUUAUCCUUAGGACUCUGCAUUAACUCUAUAAUGUUCUUGGUAUUAAAAAAAGCAUAUUUGUCACAGAAAUUUAGUUAACAUCUUACAACUGAACAUGUAUGUAUGUUGCUUAGAUAAAUGUAAUCACUGUAAACAUCUAUAUGAUCUGGGAUUUUGUUUUUAUUUUGAAAUGGGAGCUUUUUUGUUUACAAGUUCAUUAAAAACUAAAAACUGUUUCUGUAAGGAAA